CGAAAUCUUCUACUGCAUUAAGAUUCAUACUCAUACCCCAAUGAAUGAACCUAUAUAUAUAUAUAUAACUCAUUUGCUUCCUUAGUUUCUCAUCACAUACCAUUCACAAUUCAUCAUCUUCUUCUCUUCAUUGUGAAACCACAAUCACCAGAAGAAAACAAAACUUCAUCAACACCAUGAAUCACAUCAGCAACCAUCAAGAAACCCCUGUAUCAUAUGCAGCGCAGAGUGAGGUCUAUUCUUCAGCUCCAUACGUCACUGCCCCACCACCUAUGGGUUAUCCCUCUAAGGAUGGUUCUGUAGGGUACUCUCAACAAAGGGUUCCAGAGGAAACCACAAGCAGGGGUGAUGGCUUCUGGAAGGGAUGUUGUGCUGCUUUAUGUUGCUGCUGGGUCCUGGAUUGUUGCUUCUGAUUGAGUUACGUCAUACAUUUGUGCCUAACAGCAGAUUUUUUGUUGUUGUUGUUGUACUGUUUAGUUUGUAUUCUUUUAGUGGUAGAAGAAUAAGGAUCAUUUUUUUGGUUUAUCUUGUACGUUUGAAUGUUUACUUUGUAAAUUAAUGAAUUUGAUGGUUACUAUUUUUACCACUCUCAAAAA